AUGCGAACCCCUGAUCCGCCCGACCGCGAUGAACGCGAGAAUUCGCCACCGCGACUGUCCAGACCGAAGCGCACCACCAAACCACCGAAAAACUAUGCUCGAGAGCAAGAGAUUGACAACGAGCAGAGGAAGACGCGACCGCUACCAAAGAAGAGAAUCGAACCCGAAGACCAGCCUGACGUGGCAACCUCGGACGACUCCGCGACCGAGGGCGACGACCUCGAUGUCAGCAAUCUGGUGCAAGAGAUCGCCAAACUCAGGAGGGAGAUCAGACUCCGCGAUGAGAUACAUAAGGAAGAACUACUAAAAGCCCAAGCAGAGUUUGGUGCCGCCCUCGCUGAGGUCCGACACGAGCUACAGAACCUGACUGAUAGACCCUUGACACCGCAAUGUCACUCCGAGGCAUGCUCUCAGAACAUCCAUGAUGCGAUUCUCUGCGAGAUUCAAUCCUUGCGCGAGGAAAUCAGCGUCCCCGCUCCCACGAGUUCCCCAUCCUAUGCAGAUGUCGCGCGCACUCCUCCAACCAGUUACCCAAGCAACAUACGGACACUGUCAACGCUGGGCACGACACCGACCACCUUUACCGAAACUUUGUACUGUACGAUAGACACCUCGAAGAUGACCGAAAAUGAAAAUGAAAAGAUAUCCGCGGGCUCAAUCAGGGCCGCAAUCGAGAAAGAGAUCCGGACGAUGGAGGAUCACACCCACUGGCGCUGCCGCGCGGUCACCGUGAGUCCAAGAGACCCCAAGCGGAUCAGGAUUGCGUGUCGUGAUGAAGCCGAGCACCAGCUGGUCAAGAAAGUGGCGGAAGAAAAGAUCGGAACAGGAUCCCGGGUGCUCCGGGACGAGCUCUACCCGAUCAAGGUCGACGGCGUCAAGAGGGCUGCGGUACUGGAUGACAACCAUGCCAUUCUGGCUGGAGCAGCCGUAGUACUGAGUGAAGAAAACGAAAGUACGGUCGCCAAGAUGACGUGGCUUAGCAGCAAGGAAGCCGCGAAGCCAUAUGGCUCGAUGGUCGUGUACCUCACUAAAGGCUCCGACGCGCGGAGGCUCCUAGCCGACGGAUACUUCCACGUUGGAGGGGAAUCCGAGACAACCAGCGUCUUUGAAUAUCGGCCACGACCGAUGCAAUAUUAUAACUGCCAGGAGAUUGGUCACAAGGCAUUCCGAUGCCGGAAGACCCAGAAGUUCCAAAGUGUGUUCCAUGCGGUGGGCCACAUGAAUCGUUUAGCAAGAAUUGCCGGAAGCUCUACCCACCACAUCAUGAAUAAAACACUUCGAAUAAUCCAAUUGAAUGUGAGAAAGCAGGGUGCCGUGCAUGAAAGCUUGAUGAACGACGAACAAACUAAGGACGCAGUGGCGUUAGCGAUUCAGGAACCCCAGGCGAAGAGGAUUCAGGGACGACUCUUGACCACCCCGAUGGGACAUCACAAAUGGACGAAGAUGGUACCCUCCACCUGGAGGGAAGGCAGAUGGGCGAUCCGGAGCAUGCUUUGGGUCAACAAAGAUGUAGAAGCGGAGCAAGUGGCCAUUGAGUCUCCGGAUCUGACGGCGGCGGUCAUCCGACUACCCGAACGGCUGAUCUUUAUAGCAUCGGUCUACGUCGAAGGGGGAGAUUCCUUGGCUCUGGAUGACGCGUGUGGUCACCUGAGAAAGGCAAUUGCGAUGGUGCGGCGAGACACGGGCGCGGUGGUGAACAUCAUGAUUAUGGGAGACUUCAACCGCCAUGAUCAACUCUGGGGCGGAGACGAGGUGUCCUUGGGAAGACAGGGCGAAGCGGAUCCAAUCAUUGACCUCAUGAGUGAAUUUGCUCUCAGUAGCUUGCUCAAACGAGGCACGAAGACAUGGCAGGGUGAAGGACAGUAUGGGGACUGCGAAUCCACAAUUGACCUCGUUCUGGCCUCCGACAAUUUGGCAGACCUGAUGACCAAAUGUGUAAUACACGGGACUGAGCACGGCUCAGAUCACCGGACGAUUGAGACUGUGUUUGAUGCGCCGUGGUCAGCCCCGAAGCAUCAGGAACGACUUCUUCUGAAGAACGCACCAUGGAAAGAGAUCAAUGCUAGAAUCGCGAGCACCCUGGCCGCCACUCCGUCGGAAGGCACAGUGCAGCAGAAAACCGACCGAUUGAUGUCCGCAGUCUCAGACGCAGUGCAUACGUUAACUCCAAGAGCGAAACCGUCGCCACACGCGAAGCGGUGGUGGACAACCGACCUGAACCGAACUCCGUUAUAUCUCGAAAAGUUGGCCCAGGAUGCGGCAAAACAAGAUCAUGAUGCCAUCCGCAAGCAAAAGAAGAAGCACUGGAACGAGUUUCUCGCAGACAACGACAAUAUCUGGAAAGCCGCCAAGUACCUGAAAUCUGGGGAUGAUGCGGCGUUUGGGAAACUACCGCAGCUCGCCAGAGCAGAUGGGACUACUACUGCUGACCAUAAGGAGCAAGCAGAAGAGCUGCUGUCCAAGUUCUUCCCACCUCUGCCAGAUGUGAUUGAAGAUGAGGGGAUGAGACCACAGAGAGAACCGGUGAGUAUGCCUACGGUUGGCAUAGAAGAGAUCGAAAGGCAGCUUUUUGCUGCAAAAUCAUGGAAGGCACCGGGUGAAGACGGUCUACCGGCGAUAGUCUGGAAGAUGACGUGGCCGACUGUCAAGCACAGGGUUCUCGAUUUAUUCCAGGCGUCACUGAGAGAAGGCGCGUUACCGACAGAAUGGAGACACGCGAAGAUCAUACCGCUCAAGAAGCCGAAUAAAGAAAAUUACACCAUUGCAAAGGCAUGGAGGCCAAUCUCGCUCCUCGCGACGCUGGGUAAGAUACUGGAAUCGGUGGUUGCGGAAAAGAUCUCGCACGCUGUGGAGACACACGGCUUGCUCCCGACCAGCCAUUUCGGAGCCCGAAAGCAACGGUUCGCGGAGCAGGCGCUUGUGCUAUUACAAGAGCAGAUCUACACCGCGUGGCGUGGCCGACGGGUGUUGAGUUUGAUCAGCUUCGACGUCAAAGGCGCCUACAACGGUGUGUGCAAAGAACGACUACUCCAGAGGAUGAAAGCGCGAGGCAUACCAGAUGACUUGCUCCGGUGGGUCGAGGCAUUCUGCUCAGAGCGAACGGCCACCAUCCAGAUCAACGGGCAGCUUUCUGAGGCCCGAAGAUUGCCCCAAGCUGGCCUGCCUCAGGGCUCACCCCUAUCUCCGAUCCUAUUCCUUUUCUUCAACGCAGACCUCGUGCAACGACAGAUCGACAGCCAGGGAGGUGCGGUCGCUUUUGUGGAUGAUUUCACCGCAUGGGUGACCGGGCCAACCGCGCAGAGUAACCGGCAAGGAAUAGAAGCAAUCGUCAAUGAGGCACUCGACUGGGAAAGGAGAAGUGGAGCGACUUUUGAAGCGGACAAGACAGCUAUCACACACUUUGCUCCCAAGAUGCGUAAAUCGGACCAUGAGUCGUUUAUUAUCAAGGGACAGACGGUUGUGCCCAAAGACCACGUCAAGAUCCUGGGUUUCUUGAUGGACACGAGACUGAAAUACAAGGAACAUAUGGCGAGGGCCGCGUCCAAGGGCCUGGAGGCAGCGAUGGAGCUUCGGCGACUUCGCGGCCUUUCCCCAGCAACGGCGCGGCAGUUAUUUACAUCAACGGUGGCGCCAGUUGUGGACUACACCUCCAAUGUCUGGAUGCACGCGUGUAAGGACAAGGCCAUGGGGCCGAUCAAUCGAGUUCAAAGAGUUGGAGCACAAGCCAUUGUGGGGACAUUCCUCACGGUCGCGACCAGCGUAGCGGAGGCGGAGGCCCACAUUGCCACCGCGCGGAACCGAUUCUGGAGACGGGCCGUGAAGAUGUGGACGGACAUGCAUACCCUUCCUGAAACAAACCCGCUCCGCAGAGGUACAAACCGGAUCAGAAAGUUCAGACGAUAUCAUCGCUCGCCGCUGUACCAAGUGGCAGAUGCGCUUAGGCACAUCGACAUGGAGAGACUGGAAACAAUUGACCCGUUCACGUUGGCCCCAUGGGACGAACGCGUACAGGCCAAUAUUGACGGACAACAUGAACCUCAGACUGAAGCGGGCGGGUUGAUGCAGAUCGCGGUCAGCAGCUCGGCACGGAACGAGCUGGUGGGAUUUGGAGUCGCAAUCGAGAAACAGCCACCUCGAAAUCGAAAAUUGAAGCUUAAAACGUUUUCCAUCACAUUGGGCGCGAGGGCAGAGCAGAACCCGUUCUCUGCGGAGCUGGCAGCCAUGGCACAUGUGUUGAAAAUGAUAGUGGGAAUCAAGGACUACAGGACUACGUUGCUCACAAGCAACAAGGCGGCGGCGCUCACGCUAAGUAACCCGCGACGACAGUCUGGCCAGGAGCUUGUUUGUCAGAUAUACAAGUUGAUGAGAAGGUUGCGGAGGAAUGGAAACCGCAUUGAAUUCCACUGGAUCCCUACUACCGAAGACAACAAGCUGUUAGGUCUGGCUAAAGAACAGGCCAGAACUGCAACACAAGAAGAUGCUCUCCCACAAGAACACGUCUCGAGGAUGAAGUCGACAACAUCGAACAUCGCACGUUCCCAAGCAGUCCCCAGCAGUGAGCUACCAGAGAGCAUAGGAAGACACGCAAAACGAGUAGAUGCCGCACUGCCAGGCAAACACACCCGGCAGUUGUAUGAUCGCCUAACGUGGAAAGAAGCGAGCGUACUGGCCCAACUCCGAACCGGCAUGGCUAGACUCAAUGGGUAUCUCAAUCAGAUUAAUGUAGCAGAGACGGAUGAAUGCGAUUGCGGACAAGCCAGAGAGACCGUGGAGCACUUCCUCUUCCGAUGUCGGAAGUGGACUGUACACCGGACGGAACUGUUACAAUGCACGCAGACUCACCGAGGAAACAUAUCCUUCUUCCUGGGCGGAAAACAGCCUUCUGAUGAUCAGAAGUGGACGCCAAACUUAGAGGCAGUACGGGCCUCCAUACGUUUCGCCAUUGCGACGGGCCGACUUGAGGCCACUUGA